CAGGUAGGAGCCGGGGACGGCGGGGGACGGCGAGCGGCGGAGCCGGGAACGGAGCGAACGGAGCGAACGGAGACGGGAGCCGCGCUCAGCGUCCCCCCGCGCACGGACGGCGGCCCGCUCCGCGCCGCUCGGGCCAUGGCACCGCGCCUGCAGCCUGCGCCCGUCUGACGGCGGGCGGCCCGAUGCCCUGCGCCCGUGCUGUCCUCGUCUUGUCGUCUUUUUUUUUUUUUUUUGUCUUUUUUUUUUUCCUUUUUUCUUUUCCCUCUUUUAAUUUCUGUUUGGGAAAAGCAGAUGCACUUUGACUUCUGACUGCUCUACCUCAGACCUGAGAAAAAACUCGUCACCGUCAACCGCUUCUCGGCGGUUUUUUAAUUAUCGCCGUUCUCGUUUUAUCUGAGCGCCGAUUUCUGCGCCGCCGCGCGUCGGCCUCAGCCGGGCCGGGCCCGGAACCCGCGGCCCUGGGACAGCGACCGACCGAAGGCUUUUCUCCCUCCAGUCCUUUUUCUUCUCUUCCGCUUCUCCAAGGCUUCUUCUUCUUUUUUUUUUCUUUCUUUCUUUUUUUUUUUUAAUAAUAAUAAUAAUAACAACAUACACACACACAUAUAUAUAAAAGCAAACCUACGCCGCUGUUGUUGUCGUCUUUUUAUUUUUAUUUCGAUUUUUCGCUUGCCAUCUGGGACGCCGAUACCCCACUCUCAGAAAUAACCAAAGACAAUGGUUCACUGUGCGGGCUGCAAAAGGCCAAUCUUGGACCGGUUCUUGUUGAAUGUACUGGACAGGGCUUGGCAUGUGAAGUGUGUUCAGUGCUGUGAAUGUAAAUGCAAUUUGACAGAGAAAUGCUUUUCGCGAGAAGGCAAGCUUUACUGCAAAAACGACUUCUUUCGGUGUUUCGGGACCAAGUGUGCGGGCUGUGCCCAGGGCAUCUCCCCCAGCGACCUGGUCCGCAGGGCGCGGAGCAAAGUGUUCCACUUGAACUGUUUUACGUGUAUGAUGUGCAACAAGCAGCUCUCCACCGGCGAGGAGCUCUAUAUCAUAGACGAAAACAAGUUCGUCUGCAAAGAAGAUUACCUAAAUAACAGCAAUACUGCCAAAGAAAACAGCCUGCAUUCAGCUACCACCGGCAGUGACCCCAGCCUGUCCCCCGACUCCCAAGACCCCUCCCAGGACGACGCCAAGGACUCGGAAAGCGCCAACGUGUCCGACAAGGAGACGGGCAGCAACGAGAACGACGACCAGAACCUGGGGGCCAAGCGGCGGGGGCCCCGCACCACCAUCAAAGCCAAACAGCUAGAGACUCUGAAGGCCGCCUUCGCGGCCACCCCCAAACCCACGCGGCACAUCAGGGAGCAGCUGGCGCAGGAGACCGGCCUCAACAUGCGCGUCAUCCAGGUGUGGUUCCAGAACCGCCGCUCUAAGGAGCGCCGCAUGAAGCAGCUGAGCGCGCUGGGCGCCCGCCGGCACGCCUUUUUUCGCAGCCCGCGCAGGAUGCGGCCGCUGGUGGACCGCCUGGAGCCCGGCGAGCUGCUCCCCAACGGGCCCUUCUCCUUCUACGGAGAUUACCAGAGCGAGUACUACGGCCCCGGGGGCAACUACGAGUUCUUCCCGCAAGGCCCGCCCUCCUCGCAGGCGCAGACGCCGGUGGAGCUGCCGUUCGGGGCGGCGGGCGGACCGCCGGGCACGCCGCUGGGCGCGUUGGAGCAUCCGCUGCCCGGGCACCACCCGCCCGGAGAGGCGCAGCGCUUCCCCGACAUGCUGGCGCACCCCGCCGGGGACUCGCCCAGCCCCGAGCCCACCCUGCCCGGCUCCCUGCACUCCAUGUCCGCGGAAGUGUUCGGCCCCAGUCCUCCGUUCUCCUCGAUAUCUGUCAACGGCGGUGCUAACUACGGCAAUCACUUGUCACACCCACCAGAAAUGAACGAAGCGGCCGUGUGGUAGCUUUAAGCGAACUGGGUCUAAGUAAGUGAUGAUCAUCUAGUCUGCUUGUUGUUACGGUGUACAGAAAUGAGUAAAUGUAACAUCUCUCCCGCCCUAAGACAAUGGCACCUUGGGAACGAACUGCACCCGGCGGCUCCGCGCUGCUGCAGAGCGGGACGAUCCCGGUGUGCGUUUGUCACAGCCACGGGGACCUGCGUGUGCCAUGACAAAGGAACUGGUGAAGCUGUACAGUAACGCGCCGUGGGAUGGAUGGAUGAGUGUGGUUGCCCCGUCGGAUGUCAUCCCGAGAGCCACAAUCCUUAGAAACUCCUCAUUUAAAAACAAACAAACAAUGAUUGAAUGGCGGAAAGGUGACAGGAAAGGGGGAAAAGCUGCAAGAACUCUGAGCGCUCCCGAUAAGGAUGGUUCUGGCGUUCCGCAUUUCUUUGUUCAUUUUUCUCUCUCAAAGUUCAACCACGAGAAACUCUUUAGCUUCAGCCAUUGCAGCCUGCUGAAUACCAGGUGGGACAACUUUUCUUGCUUUCUCCUCUUUUUUUUUCCUUUAUUGUUGGGGUUUUUUUUCUUUUUUUUCCUUUUUUUCAGUGGUUGUUUUCUUCUUUUGUUUCCCUCCCCAAAUAACAAAUGCUAAAUGUUGAGCCCUCGGCACCAACUCUUCUACCUUCACAACGCUACACAUACAAAACCUCCUCAUCAUAGCAAAGGUCGCCAACGGACCUCUAAGGCGAAUGACUUGAAAAGAAAAAAUACAAAAAAAAAAAAAAAAUACAAAAAAAAAAAAAAAACAAAAACAAAAAGCAAACGAACAAAAA